GUUUUGGCCUGAUGACCUGGUAUGAGACCACCCAUCAAUGAAGUGAACCUCUCUGCCCUUAAAUUCGUGCGACCAACGUCUUGGACCAGAUGCUUGUGAAAACAGAGUUGUGUGCAUAUGGUACUGAUACUGAGCCAAGUAGCUUGUUUCACUGCGUUUAGAGAGGCACGGCCUAACAAGAGCUGCGACAUGCAGGACGGGCAGGUUUCCCUACCUUCCACCAUCAAUGCCUUCACUUUCCCAGCCAAACUCUGGCGUAUGGCCAACAAUCCCAAGUCCAACGCCGUGCGCUGGUCAGACUCCGGCGAUGUCAUCUUCAUUGAUCGGCAGAUCUUUGAGACGCAGAUCCUGGCUCGCCAGAGCAAACCAUCUGAAAACCUGGACACCUUCAGAGCCAAGCACUUCACCAGCUUCAUCCGGCAGCUCAACCUCUAUGGCUUCAGCAGGGCCAGCUGGGUCAUGAGGGAAGAGGGCGUUCCUUACCCAUUUUUCCACCCCAACUUCAAACGUGGCCAGCCCGAGCUGCUGAAGAACCUGGAGAGGCGCACAGUGAAGAACAAGAACAAGUGGAAGGCGGGUUUGAGCGCACCAUCCAAGCUACGAGGGCGACCAAGGAGAAAGUAUGAGCUUGGUACCGGCCACCCACAAGCUGAUGACAUGUUGCUUCUGCUGGGGGAGAGUCGUCCAGACGUGUCACCAGAUCAAAGCCCAGUGAGCCCGGGUGACACCGUGCACUCUCCACUGCUGGGCUCCAACAUGGAAGAGGACGGUGCGAUGGCUGUGGCUGACGUCCUCCCUGGUGAAGGAACAUGUCAAUACUUCAACAGAGCUCCAGGCUCCAGCGCUCUCGCCGCGCAGCAGACAACCCAGUGCCACUCGUCCUGCAGCUUCUUUCCUCCAACCUAUUCUGAGCUCUUCAGCGCCCCUCAGUGGUCUAACUACAGCUGCGGAGAUCAGUGCUACAUCCAUCCAAACAGCCCGAGCAGCUACCUUCAGCUUCCAAAGCCAAACUUCCACCAGGGGCAGAACCCAGCAUUGUCUGCCGGUUACGCCGAGAAUCCUCCCUUUCCAGCAAAUCUGCAGCGACUGCUGAACAUGGCCGACACCUCUGCCUACAGUGACCUUACCAAUGGCAUAUUCGAACACCCACCUCAACACGCAUUCUGCCUUCCUGACCUGGACCCCCUCGACAUGACUGAGGUCUUGGUUGAUGACGACUGGCUCAAUGACGUCGCAGGCUUGGAGCCACUUGUGAGGGGAAGAAUGAGUGAUGCCAGCCCAGGUUCCACGUCCAUGGCGCCCCGCAUCCAGGACCUCAUCGCCAUCAUCUCAUAGUGUGGAGCCGGCGGUGGAUGACGUUUCUCCAGAGCGUGACUCCUGUGUUUCAGAUGAGGGGAGGAAGGUUGAUUAAACGGUGGGUGGGGGGUUGGUGAUGAUGGGUAAGAGGCCCGGUGGCACCUAUAACUAGAGGCUCUCUGUACAUGAACAUGCAAACUGUCAAUAAACCACACAAAACUUGA